AAAAAAAAAAAAAAAAAGAGCUUUGGAUUAGACGCUCCCCUUUCCCUUUUUUGUAUAUAUAUUUUUUUGAUAUUAUUACUUACGUGUGCUCUACGCGAAUCUCUCAAUAUCUCUCUCUCUUUCUUCUUCUCUUUUUCCCGUCGCUACCUUGUGGUUGAGUGAGUAAAAGUCAUCUCAUAACCCUCCAUGGAAAUGGGAGAGAGAAUCAUCAACUCGAGUUGUUAGGGUUUCCGAUUUUGGUAAGCUUGUGUCGGUGAUCUCUCCAGAGAACAAGAAGAAGAAAUAAGAAGAUUAGGGUUUCUCUCUAGGGAUAGGUUUUUGUAUUCUCUCACUCUCUCGCAAGGAGGCUGGUUUGGUUUAUGUUGAAUCGAUCGUCUGUCUUUCCUCAGAAAAUGCGAAAAUCGUUCAAGGAUUCACUCAAGGCUCUUGAAGCUGAUAUCCAGUUCGCCAACACCCUGGCAUCAGAGUAUCCAGAGGAGUAUGAUGGUGGCUGCGUGCAGAUGAGAUUAUCUUACAGCCCCGCGGCUCCUCUCUUUCUCUUCCUUCUCCAGUGGACAGAUUGUCAUUUUGCAGGCGCUUUGGGAUUGCUUAGGAUCCUCAUUUAUAAGGCAUAUGUUGAUGGGAAGACCACAAUGUCGCUACAUGAACGCAAAGCUAGCAUCAGAGAAUUCUAUGAUGUAUUGUUUCCUUCGCUAUUGCAACUUCACGGAGGGAUAACCGAUGUAGAAGCAAGGAAACAGAAGGAGAUAUGCGACAAAAGAUACCGGAAGAAGGACAGAACAGAUAAAGGAAAGAUGUCGGAGAUCGACUUGGAGAGGGAAGAAGAGUGUGGAAUUUGCUUGGAGAUUCGGAAUAAAGUUGUUCUUCCUACUUGCAACCACUCCAUGUGUAUGAACUGCUACAGAAACUGGCGUGCACGGUCACAAUCGUGCCCCUUCUGUCGAGGCAGCUUGAAAAGAGUGAAUUCUGGUGAUCUAUGGAUUUACACUUCGAGCCAAGAGAUUGCGGAUAUACCAGGGAUUUACAAGGAGAAUCUGAAGAGGCUAUUGAUAUACAUUGACAAGUUGCCUAUCGUUGCUUCUGAUCCAAAUCUAGUCUCUUAUGCUCCUCUUGCUCGGUGAACAAGCUCUCCUAAGCUUGCUCUCUCUCUCUCUCUCUCUCUCUCUCUCAUUCCUUGUAAUAAUUUAGCACAUAGCCAUUUCAUCUCCUUUAUGUCCCUUUUGUAUAUAACGUUAUAUGUGUUUUUUUGCUCUUUUAAUUUAUUUUUUCCAGCUUUCUAUACAGUCCCUCUGAUUCGGAUUUGUGUAACCUUUAGUUAUCGACAUUUGUUGAUUGGCUCUACUUAAUCACAUUGUUGGAUCAGAUUAUGAAAUAUAGGAACCGAUUGAUUUU